AUGUUACCAGGAUUAGAAUCCGAAGAUGUUUUUCAAGAAACGCAGCAACCACGAGUUUUUGACUUCAUGCAUGAUACUGACUUUGCAAUGAGUGAUAAUGAUUUGUUUGGAACGGAGUUCAUUCCAGAUCUGGACAGGAUCCUCGAUACCAUGGGACCAUUUCCCGAGCUCGAGGAUCAGCAACAAUCUCCUCAAGAUGAUCAAGACUCUGCGCGUCGGCGAGCGGCCGCCUUUCAGCGCUCUCUUUGGUUGUGGAUACAGGAAAAGAACCAACACGCUUUCAGCGAUGAGGGGAAGAUCCCUCUGCGGGAUAGCGAUAGUAUCCCGACAGCACAUCAGUCUCGUCUAGACGCGCUUCAAAUACCGGGAAAUCUGUUCCAAAAUGCGCGAGACGAUAUUUUCAAGUUGGUUUUGAGGACUGCCGGAUCAAGACUCUCUGUUUCUGCUUUCCCGUCUGCGGGCUACCUCGAUAACUUGAUCAAAAUUGGGGUUGAAUAUCAGCAAUUACGCCCGGAAUUUCUUACCGCUUUGGUGGCCGCGGGGUGUGUCUGCUGCGGUCUCCCUUCCAUCAACAAGACGGGAAUAAUUCUUCAGGAGAUCACUCGAGUUGGACUGGCGCAAUUAGCACUUCGAAGGGCAAUGGCAUUCGCCAAGUCAGCCUACAACCCCAUCUCACCACAUUGCGCCAGGGAUGACCUAGAAUCGCUGCAGAAGACCUGGCAUUACUGGGUGCGACAGGAGUCAUUGAAGCGACUAGUCUAUCAUCUCUUUGGUCACGACGUGGAAGUUGCCAUGUCGAUGAACAGGUCCGCUCUUAUCUCAUACACAGAAUUGACGUUGCCUUUGCCCGCAGCUCGGGAUCUAUGGCUGGCCCAAUCUGCCCAAGAAUGGAAACAGAUUUGGACAAGUCGAUAUGACAUGGCAAGAGAAUCCGAAAUGAGCUUACGAGAUUUGCUGUCGGAUCCAUCAUUAAUCAACCAUGUUUGCCCUCAGCUCGAUUUGGCGAUUGCUCGAUCUGCCCUGCUUCAUGGUCUAGCUAUCCAGGUGUGGGAGUUUCGUCAGCAAAAUUUGUUAUCCCAAGGAUCACAGUCAGUGUCGCGUGCUACAGCCCGUCUAUGGCUUCAGAGCAGAAAGGAGGAUCUCUACACAACGCUUAGGACCACCCAAAAUGAUUCGCCAGACCAACCACGUACCAACACUCUAAUGCACGAGUUCGUCAUGAUGUACCUUCAUAUAGAUGUGGACGCAAUCCAGCGCUUUGUAGGUAGGAUGGGAGAACUGGAAGCCCGGCGCGCAUACCCAGGUCUUCGAGAUUGGAGCCAUACAAAAGAAGCCAGGGUGGCCAUUUGGCAUGCAGGUCAAGUUUUCAAAGCAGCGCGAGCCGUCAAAGCAUAUCAACUUCGGGGACUUGACUACUUGGCUGUCUACCAUGCCGCACUCGUUUUAUGGGUCUAUGGGUUACUGCAAUGUGGCGAGACGAGAAAAGUUGAGGUUGAUACACCGAUGAGCGAGGGUGAUACCGUGUCUCGAGUUGCUUUGGAUUCAUCCGAGGACCAAUUGGUCAAGGCUUUUUUGGCUCGCGGCAAUGGACGGCCUGGAUUGACCAUGUACCACCACGAUGGAAACGGAGUGGAUCCGAAGACAUUCUGCGAACUUAGAAUUGCUAGGUCGAUAAUGCCCUUUCAAUGA